UCAUGGCUAGUUUUAGAAACUAUAAAAUUAGGCUGGGUAAUUCUGUCAGAUGAGAAUACUUUGAAUAAAAUACUUUCUGAAGACAAUAAAAUAUAUCUGUUGUUAUUACACCUUGGAAUAAUCAUGGCUAGUUUUAGAAACUAUAAAAUUAGGCUGGGUAAUUCGGUCAAAUGA